AAUCAUGUGGCCCCUUGUCAUCUACCACCACAUAUGACUUCUAGCACCGCGUUCAAGACCUUCUCGCUAGCAAACGACGUAUUUGAAGUUUCGCCUCAAGAUGAGAUAUAUGCCUUUGAUGUCGAGGCUAAUAAGCGGAUAAACCGGGAGGCACCAUGGGACAAGGAUCCACAAUACUUCAAAUCAUGCAAGAUCUCAGCAGUCGCCUUGAUAAAGAUGGUCAUUCAUGCACGAUCAGGAGUACCGCACGAGAUCAUGGGACUCAUGCAAGGCAAGGUGAUGGGCAACUCGCUGGUUAUCAUGGACUCCUUUGCACUUCCUGUGCAGGGCACGGAGACGCGUGUUAAUGCUGCGAACGAGGCAAAUGAGUACAUGGUAAAGUAUAUCUCGGAGAGCGAGAAGGCCAAAAGAUUGGAGAAUGCUAUUGGCUGGUACCACUCACAUCCAGGCUAUGGGUGCUGGCUUUCGGGAAUAGAUGUGGACACCCAAAUGAACAACCAGCAGUUCCAGGAUCCUUUCGUGGCCGUCGUGAUUGACCCAAAUCGCACGAUCUCUGCUGGCAAAGUUGACAUUGGUGCCUUCCGCACGUACCCAUCGAAUUACACGCCUCCUAACGUAUCCGCUUCCGAAUACCAAUCCAUUCCCCUGAGCAAAAUUGAAGAUUUUGGUGUGCACGCGAACCAGUACUACCCACUAGACGUAGAGGUGUUCAAAUCGAGCUUGGACACUGAACUGCUCGGUCUGUUGUGGAACAAGUACUGGGUUAACACACUUAGCCAGAGCCCUUUAAUUUCGAAUCGGGCGUAUGCAGUGUCACAGAUCGUAGAUCUGCAUCAGAAACUCUCCAAGGCUCAGGCUACAGUGUCCAGUACACGGGCGCCUUUGCCAGCAAUGAAAGGACAGGAGGAGAAGGCAUCAAGUGCACCAAAAAAGGAAGAAAAGAAGAAAGAAGACAAUCAACUCGCAAAGGGUGUGAAGGAUAGCAUCAAAAUCGCCGCAGAAGCUCAACAUGGUUUGAUAUCUCAGGUUUUGAAAGAUAUCGUUUUCUCUUCGCGACCGAGUCAGCAGGCUGGGGCCAAUCGCGUCACCGAGAUGAUGGAUACUGCAAUGAGUGUCGAGUAGAUCUGCAUUUUAUGAUCAUUCUGCACUUUGUAAUGGUACAAUUUACACUGCAUUCUCUUCAUCAUCAUGAUUCAUGAAGAAUCUGCGUGCGAUAGAUCUCAAAUAGUAGAUCUUUGAGUUUGUA